AUGUCUGUAUUUAAGAAUAUUCACGGUUUUGUGAUAGUAUCGUGUUAUUUUCUGCUGAGUUGUGUUUCCUCUGGUAGCAUACCGAAUGCAAAGAAGAGCAAAGUCUGGGGUCCGGGUUUGAAAACCGAUAUCAUUCUACCUGCCAGAUAUUUCUUUAUUCAUGCUGCCGAUAAGGAAGGGAAGCUGUAAGUGAUUUACUGCAUGAUUUUUACUUUUUGUGCUUCGACAUUAAAUUGUAUUUAAAUACAAAAAUUGAAACAAUACAUUGUACCAAAUAAACAGAUGGAAACAAACAAAAGAUGAAGGGAUCAAGUAAACAGAGUUGUAUUUUAUUGAAACAUUGUGGUGUGGUCAAAUAAGUUAUUUUGCAGGGGCAAUUAACAUGUUUUAAUACAUGGAAGGUGUUGAUUGGUUAAUUUAUUUAUCACCUUUCAUCACUGGAUUUAUUAAUUUGAGCCAAGGUCAAGGUUAUCCAGAGAUAAACUGAUACAAUUCAUAUUCGCCAAUAUGAAAAUUACUGCCACAAUUCCUCUUCGUUUAGUUCACAGCGAAAUUUGAAAUGUAACUAUUUUACGCAUGCUUAUUCGAUUACAUAUGCCUGAAAUACUAAUCAUACAUGACAAAUCACAAUGUGCAAAUGUACCUUAUAAACUGACACCAGAUAGCCAUAUUGAUAUUUAGAAAAAGUUACUUGGUAUCCUUACUGUUAAAUUAAACUAGGUAGAAAUAUGGGUAUAAAGUAUCCCACAUUUACCGAGAAUUAAGUACUCAGGCAGACAGACCUGCAAUUUAGGUAUAGUGAUAUAUUGAGCCGGUAUCCCCAAUAUAUUGAGUAUAUAUAUAUUGGCAUUCUGGUAAUGCCCCCAAGGGAAGCGCAUCUUCCAAUCCGAUAUGACAGUAAAGUUGUGAGCACUGUGAGGUGUCUCUGAUAAUGGGUCAUUCCAGAAAACAUCCAUACCUCCCUCACAGAGGAAAUUGGAAGUUAACCCCCAUUAUUUGUCUAAUCUCCUCCAGAUGGCAGAAAUUUCCUCCUUGGGGGCAGGGUGGACCUUUUCCGGAACAACCCCAUCAGACAAUUACUUUGAUGUCAACUAAAAUCUUUUCACCCCUCAAUGUUUUUAAAAGUUUAAAAGAAUCACCAGGAGAUAAUACUUUCCAAGUGGAUGUUAAUAAAAAAGGCGGGGGCAGAGUAAGAGCUUGGAGACAAGUGUUGGAUCGUCACGAUGGUUCAUUUAUUGUUCUUUAUCGAGCUUACGAGAGUGUUGAUGAGCUCAUUAUCAAUGUCAAGUACGAUGGAAAAGACGUGGCAGACUCACCUUAUAUAUUAAAAG